AAUUUCCCUUGGGCAACGCGCAGCACGUCUCAAUGCGUUGGCUGAAUGUGAUUGGGUGCCUGUAAAAUAGGAAUGUGCAUGUUUGCGCGUCUUAAGAAAUUGAAAGUGUUGAGUCAUUGAGUAUUGUCAUUACCGAAGGUAUAUUCCCCGUUUGCGGCCUAUAAAUCGACAUCCAGCCGAUCGUGCAAGUCAUUCACUAUCAAACAUUUGUAAAGCGCGAUGGAAGACAUCAAGAAACUACGCAAAGAAGAUUUCUUUCCUGCUGUUGCCUUUGCAUGGGCAUGCCAGCUUACUUUACCAACGCCAUAUCAAUGUGAUGAACACGAACCGCCAAGUGACAAUGAUUUCGACUCGGCGGAUGGAUCUUCUGACACGACAGAUGCAAGCGAGGCGUCUCAAGUUACAGAAUCUCAAGAUGAAACUCUUUCCUCGAUUGACAAGAACACGACCAAGUAAACCUAGCGGCCAUGACAGAUCUCUUCUAAAUCACGGGAUCCUUUCCUUGAUUGAAUAGCCCUUUCAAUCGAGGAAAAAGUUUCAUGGUCUUGGAUGAAACGAUUUUCUUGGUUGCAAUGGCUGUCAAUUAUCCACAGAAACCGACGCCGUUCGUUUCACAGACGCUUUUCAAAUCAAAGUAGAAGACAAAGAACACUAUUCACAAGAUAUGACAUUAAGCUAAGAAUUGUUAGAAUACAUUAUUUUUUUGUGCAAGAUAAAUAUCAAGUGUUACCAUGUAAAUUUGCAUUGGCGAAGGUCAUUUACAUGAGAACAUAAUCUAAAUAAUAUAAACUGAAGCAUGUUGAAUUUGCUUACAGUCCAAGUAGUGCCUAUCAGAUCUUUCAAAAAAUAUAUGUUUCUAUCGAAUAUUAGAAUGUCGGGAUAUGCAUGUACUAAUUCUGUUGUAUAAUCAAGCUGGAAAAUCGUAAUAAAAUGAUUUUAUAAAUUUGUCUUUAUUAUUAUUGUGAAUCAAUUUAUUAUAUUUUCUUAUAAUUAUUAUAUUAUAUUAGUUAUUAUUGGAAUUAUCUGCAGAAACGAGAAAAGAUAAAUAUUGUAUAUAAGAAUAUGCUAAUAUGGCAAUAAACUAAAGGAUGCAGGGAAACUACCCUAUUACCCACAUUUGCCUACUCAGCGAUUUUAUCCUUGAACAAAAUGGAUUCCCACAAACGCCUACACGCUCGUAAAUGUAUUCAAAUAAACUAAAUUUCUGUGUCAAGGCCUCAACGUUAUAUAAGUUUUACUGGAUAUUUCUGUAGAAUAGUAGUUACUUUACCAAAUACUUCGUUUUCACAUCCAAACUUUCGAAACCAAGGAAGCUAGAGUGUUUUGAAAAUAAGCUUUUUGGGCUCUUUCGAGAGACGAGUUUCUCCCAGGCGUUCCUUUUUGAAACAUAGAAAACUGGGGCCAAAAAAGAAGUCAUAUAUAGUGUAUUUUUGGGAAUGGUGAGCGAUGAGGUGAAUGUUUGGCGUUAAGACUGGUGCAGAUAGUCUGGAAAUUGUUGUUAAAGAUAUUAUUGAUAAGUGAUGAAGGCAUUAUAUGACCUAAAAUUGCCAACUGAUCAGCACAGUCCUCAAGUACAGCAGAAAUGUGAAUAGAAUCAAGAUUUGACAACAUGGUUUCUGCUGAAUGAAGAAAAAUCAUUCUUUAGUAUUCUCAGGAUCCCUGUGUAGAAAGAGCACAACAAGCAAAUAUUUCCUCAACAGACUUUGAAAGUUCAAUAGCUUUUCCCUUGUUAGUGAAUAUUGUACAGUAAAUUUUCAUUGAAGCUCCGUAUCCAUCUAGAUAUAUUUAGCGAAAGAUUAGAACUUUGACAAUAAAACUGACUACAAGACUUCUGACAUGGUCGUUCUCUCCCGAUUACUUCCAAAAUCACACAACAUUGUUAGUUUACGUCAUAGAACUCCUAUUUGGCUAUACUAAAACAACUCUAUAUAUCCUAAUGUACCUUGCGUUGAAAACUUUCUCAGGAUUUAUGGGAAAUAUCGUAAAAUUAGUUCGGUUUUUCUCGCAUCGAGCUCUUUAAUCCAUGUUCAACACUGUUGUCAUGGUUUAUUACUGUUUACGUCGAUACUAACCACAAUGCCUUGCAAGUCAAAUGAGCACAGGAACCCCAUCUACGCAUCUUUCGGUUAGUUCACAUUUCUUCUAUUAAAGAUUUCACGUUCAUCGAAGCAAGAAAGAUUUAAAAAUAUAAAAUAUGAGUAGAACUUGAAUCUAUGUUAUUUUCAUACGAUUCUCUCGUCAAAUAUAAGUUACUUGGUUCGUAGGGAUCCCUUUAUGCGAAACAGCAAUCUUAAGGUCAGCAGUCAUACGUCGUACAAUCAAAUCCAAUAUGGCGGACAGUGAUGAAGAUCUGGCUGCACUUGGAACACCAUUUGAAGAACUUGAGGACGACGCUCCAAGGAAGAAGCCUGUCCCAAUUCAUGAACAAAUUGUAACUGAUGAACGGGGAAGAAGACGCUUUCAUGGAGCUUUUACUGGAGGAUUCUCUGCGGGUUAUUUUAACACUGUCGAUACAAAGGAAGGAUGGACACCAAAGACAUUCGUCUCGUCGCGAUCACAGAAAGCUACCGACCUCACAAUGCAAAAACCAGAGGAUUUCAUGGACGAAGAAGACUUGGGUGAGUUUGGUAUCGCGCCUAAAAGAGUUGUCACUACAGAAAAGUUCUUACCAACAGAUAAAGAAGGGAAACAGAGAAAGAGAGUUGUUGGUCCUGCCCGACCUUCCGAAACUGACAGAAGUGUAUCUGGUAUUAUACAAAGCAGCGAAGUUUUGCAAGAUCUUAUCGUUCCCGUUAAAAUGUCUGUUGGAGUUAAGUUACUAACACAGAUGGGGUGGAAGCAGGGUCAAGGAAUUGGACCUAGGGUUAGGCGAUCUACUAGAAAGACAUAUGGAUGUACACCACAGUCUAGCAGCAGCAAAGAAGAAGAUGAAGGCGAUAUCUAUGCGGCAGGGUUAAUGUUUGCUCCUAAAGAUGUCAAAUCUAUUGAGUAUACUUCAAAAGAUAAUUUGCAUGGUAUAGGAUAUAGUGGAAUAAACCCCAAAACUGUAUUAAUCAACCAAAGGGACUGGCUAGGGCUUGAACCAACACCAACUAUAGCUGGCAUAAAAGGACAGGGUUUUGGUGUCGGAGCUCUUGAAGAAGAGGAUGAUGACAUUUAUYGUCAAGAUCAUCUGUCAAAUUAUGAUAUUGAUUUAAAUGUAUCCUCAUCAAGAAAGAGAAAUGAGCUCCAUGGUUGGACAGGKCCCCCACAAACAUCUGAACAAGGAGGCCUGCUGUCAGUGUUUACUAAAGUCUCCAAACCUCCAACAAGAAAAGUAUACCCUCCCCCUGUUGUACCAAGGGAUUUUGUGCCUCUUCACAAGGUUGAUGCUAAAUUAAAAGAAACUCAAAUAACAGAAAACACUCAAAACAUCUCUWCAACCAAAUCUGGUAAUGUGAAACUAACAGCCAAGGAGAGAGGAGAGGCCUUGGGAGAGAAACCCCUACCGACCCCUAGAAAGUCAGUCUUUGACUACAUAGCUGAAGAGGAYAAAACAAGAUUAAAAGAAUCACGUGAAAAAGAAAAACCAAAWCAGCAAAGUAGAUGGUCUGAUAGUGAUAAUACCCACAGCAGUGUUAAUGUUCCUAAAGGAAUGGUAUUCAAAAGUAGUGGAUUCAAGCCUUUUGCAAAAGAUCCACAAAAACAAGCUAGAUAUGAASACUUCUUGAGUGGAAAGACUUCUGAUGUUCAUCAACCAGGAACGGACAGUAAGAUGACUGAAUGGGAGAGAGAAUGUGAAGCUGAGGAAUUCGUACGYGCAGCUACACUCUAUCGUCCUCUUAGCCAAACCAUGGCUGCUCGAUUCACUUCUGCAAAAGAGUCUGAAGAACCAUCURCAAGCGAAGAACCAGGAUUAAAAGAACAUAAAUCUGCUGCAACAACAAAGAUAUUUGGUGCAAUGACUCGACAGAGGUUUGAAUGGCAUCCUGAUAGAAUUCUGUGYAAGAGAUUCAAUAUCCCCGAUCCWUAUCCCGGUUCAGGAUCCACAGGGAUCCCAUCAGGUCAAAAAACCAAGAGUUCAAUGGACGUGAAAGUGGUUGARGACGUUAAAUCCAUCGAGUACAAACCAGAUGAUGAAAUUAGAGAUGAAAAUAGAGGGGAUGAUGACACGAAAACSUCUGCUUUAAUCGCYGGGUUUCAAGCAAUGGCGUCACGACCUCCUGYUGCAACACAGGAGACCGAACWACCUGGURUGUCUUCAAGUCAGGUAGAGACGAACGUAGAUGAGAAUAGUGAUGUUGUUAAACUAGCUUCUAUGGACCUUUUUAAGGCUGUUUUUGCUGAAAGUUCCUCAGAAAGCGACUCGGAGGAAAGCGAUAAAGAAGAGGACGAUAACGAAGAGGAAACUAAAGGCGUAGAUGUUGAUGAAAAGGAGAAAUCAAAUGAAAGCGACAGUAAGAUGUUUCAAACUAACAAUACAAAAUCAAACGACUUUUYAUCUCAGAACGAAAAGGUUAUAUCAGAAUAUCCAGAUCAACUCGAAGAACAGAAAAAACAAUCAGUUUAUAGUGCUAAUGAUACGUUCGGCCCAGCUCUUCCGUCGUCUAACACUUGUAGAUCCUUGAAGUUAACGGAUUCAAGAGAAUCUGGCAAGGAACGAGAACGAAAAUACAAACAAAAAAAGAAAAAGAAAGAAAAAUCCUACAAAUAUAUGGAAACGGACAGCGAGGACAGUAUGGAAGGACAAYAUGAGAGAUAUAAGAGUAAGAGAAAAGAAAGAUCAGAAAAAGAUAUUUAUAAACACAAAUCAAAGAGUAAAAAGAAAUCRCAUUCAAAGUAYUCUGARAACGAGAAUAGYGAGGAAGAUYACAGAAACUAUAAUAAGCACAAAAAGAAAAAAGAAAAGAARUCCAAAGAUGAAAGAAAGCACAAAKCUAAGGAUAUAAGUAAAAAACAACGARGGAGCAUUAUCRAUUGGGAAGAUUACGAGGAGAAAACAUUUGAUAGUAAUGUCGCAUCGAAUUCCAAAAAAGACUUUCAUCAGGAGAAAACUAGUGAMAGAUGGAAAACUGAUUCCAAACAAGGAAAGUCAGAAGAUAAAAGUGAUGAUGACACUGAAAGUGGAUCUAUGAAUCAAGAUAUCAUGAGUAAAUUGAAGAAUAUUCAGCGGUUGAAGGAAGGGAGGAGAAUGCGUGCUGCAGAUUUUAUGUAAAGUACACGUAGUAGUACUUAUCCUUGGUUGGGUGCUGCCAUUUCAUUCUUGUUCGUCAAAUUCUAGAACAUACUAAGGUUAAAUAAAAUUCUAAAUGUGUUUGUGGCACAUGAUUUGCUAAUUUAAAAAACAAACGGACAAGCUUGUAAUCGCGAUCAAAAUUCAAAUAUUUGUAAUUUUUAAUACAUCGGUACGUUUUACGUGCAUAUUCUUGCCAAACUGUUCUAUUAACCUAGGCGAAAUAAAAACCUGCGUCAUCAUUCCGCACCGCACCAUCAUUCCUUGCCAGAUCGAACUUUGUCGUCACAAAAAAACUGACUUGAAUCAAGGUAAAAAUAGGUCUCAAGGAAAUGAUCUUUUUCCUAGAUGAGUGGGAUGACAUGCCUUACGAAUGGAAAAAAGCCUGACUUUCAAGUCAUGUUCAAAGAUGCCGAUGCUGUUACAGAAACUCCAGCAUCUAUCGUGUUUGAAGAUAUUUAUGAAUGUUUCCCCGAUGCUAAAGUGAUUCGUGACAACGAGCAAGUAUGGUGAACGCAACUAUUAUGAUGAAUUAAAUCAAUUAUUUUGAAUAAAAUCUAAUUACUAAAAAUUGUCCAGCCGGAAACCGUAUCAGUUAACUUAUCUGUAGGCAUUCACAUUAUAUGUCGCAUCAGUACAUAAAAGAACAACAUGAAUUAAAAAUCAACUUGUUAAAAAGUAAAAAAUGAAUGCAAAUUUUAAGAAUUGACUUUAUUGUAUUAUUUGUUCAGGUUCAUUUUCAUAAGAGGGCUGCCUUUAGGUAGGAUGAAAAGUGAACAUGCUGAAAAGGAGGGAAUCGAACCGGAAAUAUGGUGCAGUUUGCGCAGUUGUUGAUUGCAGUACUAAUGUAAUGUGGAUGCAAGUGGG